AUGAAUUUCUUGUGGCUGGUAACUGUGCACCAUACCUGGAAGGCCGUCCUAUUCUCUGUAAUCUACCUCAUGGUGCAAAUGUGGAUCCCCUGUGAAGCAUUUUCAGGGCAGCAAAACUGCCCUUCUGUCUGUUCCUGCAGUAACCAGUUUAGCAAAGUGGUCUGUACGCGACGUGGCCUCUCUGAAGUACCACAAGGUAUCCCAUCUAACACAAGGUACCUCAAUCUCAUGGAGAAUAACAUCCACAUGAUCCAAGCGGAUACUUUCCGGCAUCUUCACCAUUUGGAGGUGUUACAACUUGGUAGAAACAUUAUCCGUCAAAUAGAGGUUGGGGCUUUUAAUGGUUUGGCCAGCCUCAACACUCUGGAGUUGUUUGACAACAGACUGACUGUAAUCCCCAGCGGGGCUUUUGAGUAUCUUUCUAAGUUGAGAGAACUGUGGCUCAGGAAUAACCCUAUUGAGAGCAUUCCAUCCUACGCUUUCAAUAGGGUACCAUCACUGAUGCGCCUGGACCUUGGAGAACUUAAAAAGUUGGAAUAUAUUUCCGAGGGAGCUUUUGAGGGAUUGUACAAUCUAAAGUACCUCAACCUUGGAAUGUGUAAUAUCAGAGACAUGCCAAACCUUACACCCUUGAUAGGGCUAGAGGAAUUAGAGAUCUCUGGGAACAACUUUCCUGAAAUCAAACCUGGAUCUUUCUAUGGGUUGAGAGCACUAAAAAAGUUGUGGAUUAUGAACUCCCAGAUAAACACCAUAGAGCGCAAUGCUUUUGAUGAUUUGACAUCCUUAGUAGAGUUGAACUUGGCCCACAAUAACUUAUCAUCCCUUCCACAUGAACUAUUUGCUCAUUUGAGGUACUUAGUGGAGUUACAUUUGCACCACAACCCAUGGGACUGCGAUUGUGAUGUUCUCUGGCUCGCCUCCUGGCUGCGAGAAUAUAUUCCUACCAACUCCACGUGCUGUGGUCGCUGCCAUUCCCCACCGCACAUGAAGGGGAAGUAUGUGGUUGAGGUGGACCACUCAUCAUUUCAGUGCUCAGCCCCAUUUAUUAUGGACGCGCCAAGGGAUUUAAAUAUCUCUGAAGGAAGAGUGGCAGAACUCAAGUGUAGAACUUCAGCCAUGUCAUCUGUUAGGUGGCUGCUACCUAACGGUACUGUGCUAAGCCACGCUUCCAAUCAUCCACGAAUUACCAUCCUCAAUGAUGGGACGUUAAACUUCUCUCAUGUACUGCUCACUGACACAGGGGUCUAUACAUGCAUGGUAACCAAUGUGGCAGGAAACUCAAAUGCUUCGGCCUAUCUCAAUGUCAGUACCGCAGAGCUCAACACUUCAAACUACAGCUUCUUCACUACUGUCACUGUGGAGACCACGGAUAUGGCUCCCGAGGACAUCUCUAUGAUAAUCAAACCGGUGCCAACAACUUCCACGGGGUACCAGCCAGCAUAUACUACCACUACGACCGUGCUUGUCCAGACCACCAAAAUGCCCAAACAGGUGGCAGUGCCAACUUCAGAUGCUGGAGAUAAAAUGCAAACUAGCCUGGAUGAGGUAAUGAAAACCACCAAGAUUAUUAUUGGCUGCUUUGUGGCAGUCACACUUUUGGCAGCCGCCAUGCUAAUAGUGUUUUACAAACUACGAAAAAGGCAUCAACAGAGGAGCACUGUGGCGGCUGCGCGAACUGUCGAGAUAAUCCAAGUGGACGAAGACAUCCCAAGUGGGAGUCCCACUGGAGUAUCAGGUGAGGGGGCGGUUGUGUUGCCGACCAUUCACGACCAUAUGAACUUUAACACCUACAAGCCAGCACAUCAUGGGGCCCAUUGGACGGCUAACAGUAUCGGUAAUUCUCUACACUCCACAAUUACAACCAUCUCUGAACCUUAUAUAAUUCAGACCCACACAAAAGAGAAGGUACAGGAAACUCAAAUAUGA